AUGACAAACGAGGAGUAUGCAAAUACGUAUGCUGUAGGAAUUGCAGAGCAGGACAUCCCAACAGAUAUAGAGACCGCUCUAGUGGAAGCCGAGUACGAAAACACGCCCUUGAGAGCCACCGUUGAUAGGAGGACCCAAGAUUUAAGUGCCGUGACACGGAGUCAUACCAAAAACACGCCCUUGAGAGCCACUGUUGAUUGGAGGACCGAAGGUGCUGUAACUGAAGUCAAGGACCAAGGAGACUGCGCCAGCUGCUGGGCAUUCGCUGUGGUAGCAACAGUUGAGAGCAUCUACAAGAUCAAGAAAGGCGAACUAAAAUCUCUAUCUGUACAGCAAGUUCUCGAUUGUUCUGACGGCGGUGACUGCUCAGGCGGUAGCCGAUUAAAAGCUUUCCGUUAUAUUGUCGCAAAUAAAGGCUUAACGACGGAGGCUAACUACCCUUACAAGGCGUUUAAAGGGGUGUGCGACAAAACCAAGGAAUCCGAUCAUGCAGCUUACAUUACCGGCUGCAGGUUGGUUACAAGAAACAACGAAGCUAAGCUUAUGAAAGCAGUGAAUGACCAACCAGUGUCGGUCGCAGUUAACGCCAGAACUUGGCAACAUUACAAAGGUGGUAUUUUUGAUGAAGAUUGUUCGCCCGAUGUCACACACAGUGUCGUCAUAGUUGGCUACGGUGAGGAAUCGGGGAAAAAGUAUUGGAUAGUGAAGAACUCAGCCGGCCCUAAAUGGGGCGAAAGUGGAUACAUACGAAUAGCAAAAGAUGUCGCUGCAAAAGAAGGAUUAUGUGGUAUUGCCACAGCUCCUCUCUACCCGUAUAUCUGAUUCAUUUCCGCUUGUUGUUUCGGUUCUAGUGAUAUGAGUUUCAACAGUUACUUUCAUUUGAAGAUUGAAAUAAAAAAGUACGAUAUCGGUAUCGUUUAAUAGAGUAUGCUGCUUGUGCUAAA